AUGGCCAAAUGGGAACUUAACAAGGCACAAAAGGGUCAGAAAGAGAAGCUUAUAAAUCUAUUGCAAGCUGACUAUUCUGCAUUUAUAUCACAGGCAAUUAAGAUAAAAGUGCCACACUCCUCUGCGCAUAAUCCAAAAUUCAGAUUUUCUGAUGUUCAUUCGUACAAUUAUGGUGAUUUAAAAAGAAAAUACAGUGUAGAUGGCGAGGUAAAUGCAUCCUUAAUAGAAAAUCCAGACGGGCUUAAUUUCAUUGCCAUGGAAUAUCCAACAGCAGGAACAAUCAACGCAGCGAAUGAGCUAUUACAGAAAUCUAAGUGUGGUCUAGUUAUUUCACUAAUUGGAGAUCACCCGCCCUGGGAAAGUGACUUUCUGGAUAUAUCUUACACCUGUGACAAAGUGUUCUCGCCAGAAGAGUUUAUAUCAUACGCGAUUGAAAACAAAGCAGAUAUAAAUAGUAUAUCGGCAUACUAUGCAGAUAUGCAUGGAAUAAUAAAAGAAGAAAAUGGCAACUUUUUAAUAGAAAAACAUACAUCCCGCAAUAGUCUCUCAGAUAUUAUAUUCAGAAUAAAAUGCAUGUGCUGGAUAGACAAGACUCCACCCACAGGCAAUCUAGUAAAAACCCUCGAUAUUCUGAAGAGUGUUUGGGAGUCAAUGCAUUUAUCUUCUGGCCCAGUUACUGUGCAUUGUUUAGCUGGCGUAGGAAGGACGGGUACAUUUAUUUUCUACAACAUGUUUAGAACUGCCAUCAUGAAUGCAGGUGGCGCUGCCAUAGGUGAAGCAGAAAAAAUAUCUCUCUUUGUUGAGUUGUUCCUGUAUUUACGGAGCAAACGAACAUGGAUGGUUGAAAACAAAGAUCAGUUAAUGUUCCUUUACAAAUUGCUAAUCGACAAGAACAAAAAGAAUUUUGAUGCCUAAUCUUAAAAUAUCAGAAUAAAGGUGUCUCUAGUAUAAGAUACAGAAGAUGCAUAGAAAUUAUAACAAAACGCUUUCUAUAGUUUAUUAUAUACAUAAUAUACCGAAAUACACUCUGAAAUGUUUUGAAUACCAGAAUGAAGGCAGAAGAAUGAACAAUAAAUAAAAUAUACCCAA